CUUAAAUCUUCCCAAACCCAGUGCCCAUACUUAUAUGGUGGAGGCUGUUAGUACCAUUCUUUUAUGUUAGGCACAUAACCACCACCUAAUCAUGGCAAAUCAUUUAAUCCUUACCAGCCUCUAGCAUUGUCCUAAAACCCUGAACUUCUUCUAGCUUUCUUAAACUUCUAGUUUUUCUUAAAACUACUUUUUCUGAUCCUAACAUUAUUUAAUAGUAAAAAAGUAGGACAUCCGAAAUUUAGCUAUGAUCAGAAAUCCAGAUUACACAAACUUUGUUUGCUGUGCUGUUUGUAAUAAAGUAAUUCCACCAGCCCCUUUUGGAGAAACUUUCAAACGGAUCCAUGAAUACAAGCCAUUUAAGACACGCUUUUACACUCACAAAGAUAUACUGGAUAUUGGGGCAAAUAUUCUGAAUAAGGAAAAGCAAUUUCAAGAGGCUGUGCUCAGACAGCGUAUUGCAAAAGCAGAAGCUGAAGUAUGGACUCAGGCUAAUGAACUCCAAAAACAAGCAGUGGAGAAAGCACUUGAAGAAGCAAAUGCCAGACACAAAAUUGAAAUUCACAUUUUGGAAGAGGAACAUCAGAAAGAUUUACAGAUAAUGGCAGCUAAAACCAAGAUAGAGAUGUAUAAAAACAUGGACGACGAAAUGAUGAGAGAGCACUCAGCUGCGGAACAACGCAUGGUCCAUAGAAUUCAAAGGAUUAUGAUGGAGUGCCACAGGGAGAAGGUGGAGGCUGUGAACAAAGCCAGGGCUGAAGAGAGGCGGAUCGCCCAGGACGCAAUCUCAGCCCAGAGAAGCAAAGCCAUUGAGGAACUUGUGAAUACUGGUGUGGCAGUUAUUAAGGACCAGAAAUCAAAUGUGGACCAAUUGAUAAAGGCAAAAGAACAUCAAAUGAACAUCUACUAUGGUAUGGCUCAAAGGCAGAGGCAAGAAGAGGUACAGGAAGUGCUUCAAGAAGCAGAGAAAACACAUCAAGCCACUCUUGGCAAUGUGAUGGAUAAACUGGUUAACACCCAGGAGGAGCUGCUGUCCUUAGCGAAACAACUGGGAAUCAUGACAAACUGGAAGGAUUUCCUGGAGGAGGAACUAGAGGAAACCAGGGCGGCAUUUCAAAAAUACAUCAAUUAUACUUUUCCUAAGCUUUCACCAGGACAUGCUGAUUUUAUUCUGCCAGAAAGAAAAAAAACACCUUCUAAUCUUGUUAUUAAGGAGAACAAAACAAUUGAGUAGAAGAUUCCAACUGAAAUUUCACUACAAAAGACAUCAUUGCAAAGACUAAAUAAACUUCCUUAAAAACCAUUUAUUGAUCCCCAGUCUUAUGCAGGUACUAUUGGGCUGUAAGCAUUUCAAUGGAAAACCAAAAUAUUCAAAAGUGCAUUCCAGGUUACAGUAGUGCCAAAUCUAAUUGAGGAGAGAAAGGAAUGAGAGGGAUCAAACUGACCAGGUGGGAACUGUUCCU